AGGCAGACUCUCUGUACGCGAAGCCAAUCAAAACUUCUAAAGGAAGGAUAAAAAGGUGGAGGCCAUACUUACAGGCUCUCUCUCUCACUCUCUGUGCGUCAAUCAAAAAGUAGGUGAGGAUUCGGAGAAACCCUUCUCAUUUUUUGUUCAUGUUUGUAUAUUAUGUUGAAAUCGGAUAUCCAAAAUCGUUCCAAGCUUUGAUUUUGACAGAUUCAUUGUGCUAUUUCUUUACGAUACCGUAUGGCUCAUCUUGGUCUUUUCGUUUUUCUUCUGCUUUUUCGUGUAGCAAUGUUAAGGUUCUGUUCUUUUUUUUUUUCUGUUUGGUCUGUCAGAAAAAGAUGAAAGAAAUUGAGAGUAGAAGUUCUUGAUCAUUUCUUAAUACGCAAGAAAUAAAGACCCAUUAAUUGAAAAGUGUUCUGCCGAUUAUUUUGUAGAUACUUACUGCUCCCUCCUUGUUUUAUCUGCGAUUAAUAUGGGAAUUCUUAAGGUUUGAUGUAAUCUGCGCCGCACCUUGCAUAAAACGAAAUGCUUAUUCCAUCUGCUUGGCCCAUCCUGCUGACGGCCCUCCUCAGCUCCCAGGCUCAAUAUUUAGUGUUAGAUUUUCCUCUCAGGCAAGAAUCUCAUUUUGGUGCAUCUCUUCAGAUUGGAUCUUCGCGAGGUCGAAUUCUACAAAUCUCGUUCACACUAAUUCUUGAUCAUAGCCAAUUGUCAAAGGAAAGGGAUGCUGUUGGUAAGGCCGGUUAUGGUUUGUGUGGGAAGCUUAAUUUUCAAGCUGGCAAAAGAGGUUUAGUUUCCUUAAUGAGUUUCGACAGAGGAUCGGCAAAGAUGGGAACAUGAUUGGGAGUAUAUGGAGGCAACUGGAGGGCCUUGUGCUUGUUAGGUAAAAGCCUAUACCCCUUUUGGUUGUUCUUCUUUAAGAACAAAUAGGACGGCAACUUGUGAGUUGAGAACUGUUUGUUGACAGAAUCCCUUCCUCUCCCCAAGAAAUUGGUUAAAUAGGU